AUGUCUAUAUUCAAGGAACCCGCCAGACUUACUGCCUGCCCAUCUGAGGCCACGUUAUGCUCUGGUAUGGACUGCCUCGCUCCCACAACUGACUUUAAUGCAACGCUGAGUUUAGUGUUGAGCACCGUGCUCACUGUCAUGCUGGCUAUGGUCAUGUUUUCCAUGGGCUGCACCGUGGAUGCUAAAAAGCUUUGUGGGCACCUGAGGAGACCCUGGGGCAUUGUCAUCGGUUUCCUCUGCCAAUUUGGCAUUAUGCCUUUUACUGCCUUUGCUUUGUCCAUUGCCUUCAAUGUGUUGCCUGUUCAGGCCAUUGUCAUCAUCAUCAUGGGGUGCUGUCCUGGAGGCUCUGGUUCCAAUAUCAUCUGCUACUGGCUAGAUGGAGAUAUGGACCUAAGUAUCAGUAUGACUGCCUGUUCCUCCAUUCUGGCUUUGGGAAUGAUGCCUCUGUGUCUUCUCAUAUACACCUCCAUCUGGACUUCUGCAGACACCAUCCAAAUCCCUUAUGACAGUAUUGGUAUCACCCUUGUGGCCCUCCUUGUCCCAAUCACUGUGGGAAUGUAUGUUAAACGCAAAUGGCCUCACAUGGCUAAAAAGAUCCUCAAGGUUGGGUCUAUUACAGGAUUUGGUCUCAUUAUCAUCAUUGCAGUGGUGGGUGGAAUUCUUUACCAGUCUUCCUGGACCAUUGCUCCCUCUCUUUGGAUCAUUGGAACCAUUUACCCUUUUAUUGGUUUUGGACUGGGAUUCCUUAUGGCCCGCUUUGUGGGUCAACCAUGGUACAGGUGUCGAACAAUUGCUUUAGAGACUGGUUUUCAGAACUCCCAGUUGUGUAGCACCAUUGUCCAGCUGUCCUUCAACCCAGCUGAACUGGAGGUCAUGUUUGCAUUCCCUCUUAUCUACAGCAUCUUUCAGCUGGUGGUGGCUGUCAUGUUUGUGGGAGGAUAUCAAGCCUACAAAAAGUCAUGUGGUCUGGGAUCAGCUGAUUCAGACAGCGAAUCGCCAUCCUUGGAAGAUGGCUGUACAGAACAAGGAAAAGAGAAGCGUCAACACAUGGAAAAUAGUGCCUUUGAAUUGAAUGAGGAUUAUAUGAACAAAUGCAAGGCUGAUCACUCUGAAAAGAAUACUCAUCUUUGA